CACACAGUACUUGACUCAAUAUCUAUCCAUGCAUGUUAGAGAAAAUGGCCAAACUAAGCUCUCUCUUCUUUUGUCUCUCACUCUCACUAAAUUACUACUUCUUCACUUGCCUAGCUAUGAGUAGAAAAAACAUAACCACAGAUGAACUUUCACUUCUUGCAUUCAAAUCAUCCAUUACUUUAGACCCUUAUCAUAAGGUUCAAAAUUGGUCGACCUCUUCUUCUUUAUGCACUUGGGUUGGUGUCACAUGUGAUAAACAACAUAGAGUCCAUAGUUUGGAUCUUAAUAACAUGGAACUUGAAGGUACUAUUUCCCCACAACUUGGGAAUCUCUCUUUCCUUGUUUACCUUGAUCUUCAAGGCAACUAUUUCACGGGUGAAUUUCCACAAUCUUUGUUUGGGUUGCAUAGAUUGAAGUGGCUUGAUUUGAGGUAUAAUGAAUUUGUUGGAGGAAUUCCAAUAGGAGUUGGAGAAUUAUCAAAACUUCAAUAUUUGAAUCUUGGUCAUAACAAUUUUAGUGGUUUAAUUCCACAUGUUAUUGGUCAACUUCAUGUGUUGAGGAUUUUGGAUAUUAGCAAUAACAAACUCUAUGGAACCAUACCUCAAACGAUUUCCGGCUUGUCAUCACUUGAAGAAAUUUAUUUAGCUAAUAACUCAUUUUCAGGAGAAAUUCCAAAAGAAAUGGGUGAUCUUACUCAGCUGAGAAAAAUGAACCUUGAACACAAUCAACUUUCUGGCAACAUACCAUCAUCAAUAAUGUUGAACAACUCACUGUUGCAACAUAUUUUUCUUGGUUAUAAUAAUCUAUCUGGUAAUCUUCCAUCAAAUAUUUGCAAAGGGCUUCCAAAACUUACAAGACUUGAUCUUUCUCAUAAUGAUUUUGUUGGUGACAUGCCAACUACUUGGCAUCAAUGUGAAAAUUUGGAAGAAUUAUCAUUGUCCUUCAAUCGUUUCAACAAAGGACCAAUGCCAAAUGAAAUGGGAAACUUGAACAAGCUUCAAAAUUUAGAUCUUACUAGAAACAACUUGGAGGGUGAAAUUCCAUUCUCUCUUUUCAACAUUACUACGUUGAAGAUUGUUAACCUUGGCGGUAACAAUUUAAAUGGAACUCUACCAAGUGAGUUAUGUCAUUCACAUCAUCAACUUGAAACAUUUGUUUUGAGUAAUAAUCAAUUUGAAGGAAACAUCCCACGAUCAAUUGGCAACUGCACAUCGCUGACAUUCUUGGUUUUGAAUGAUAAUCAUUUUAUUGGUUCAAUACCAGAGGAUAUUGGCUAUCUUGAUCAACUUGCAUUCCUAGAUGUAUUAAACAAUAGAUUGAGUGGACCUGUUCCUUCAAAACUCUUCAACAUUUCAACAUUGAUCUCAUUGUAUCUCACAAACAAUUCUCUCUCAGGCACUCUUCCCUCAGACUUGGGGAGUGGCUGUCCUAAUCUGAAGUACCUACAAAUGCGUGGAAACAUGUUUGAGGGAAACAUUCCAAAAGGUAUAGCCAAUGCUUCUAAGCUCACUGAAAUAGAUUUCCUUGGAAAUCAGUUCAGUGGAACAAUACCUGAUGUCUUUGGUGGUUUAACAUACCUUGAGUGUCUCCAUUUAGAUUACAAUAAGAAUUUGAAACUAGAUGAUUCUUUUGGAUUCAACUUCCUUACUUCACUCACAGGUUGUAAAAGUUUGAAUUAUUUGACUGUAUCCGGAACUAGAUUAUCCAAACUUCCCAAGUCGAUUGGGAACUUAACCGUAGGAUACUUUUGGGCAUAUUCUUGUGGAAUUGAUGGUAAUUUACCAUCGGAAAUCGGAAACAUGAGAAACCUGGUUCAGUUAUCUAUGAGUAGGAACAAUUUAAACGGACCGAUUCCUCGUUCGAUUAAAGAGUUACCUUACCUUCAGGAUUUGGAUCUUGAAUACAAUGGACUGCAAGGAUCCGUUGUCGAUGAGCUUUGUGAAGUUAAGAGUUUGAGUAAUUUGUAUCUGUCAAACAAUAAGCUUUCUGGAGUGUUGCCAACAUGCUUAGGAAACAUGAAGUCUCUUAGAAAUUUUCGCAUAGGAUCUAAUAGAUUGACCUCUGAGAUACCUUCUUCUUUUUGGAAUCUCAGAGAUAUCAUAGAGUUAAACUUAUCCUCCAAUGCUUUAAUCGGAAAUCUUCCGAUGGAGAUUAGUAACUUGAGAGCAAUUGUACAGUUAGAUCUGUCAGGAAAUCAGAUUUCAAGCAACAUUCCUGAAACCAUAGGCUCAUUAAAAACAACUUUGCAGACUCUCUCCUUAGCACGUAACAAAUUGAAUGGGACGAUUCCCAAGUCACUUGGUGAAAUGUUAAGCUUGAGUUUCUUGGACUUGUCAAAUAAUCUUCUUACCGGUGAGAUUCCAAAAUCCUUGGGGAAGCUUGACUCUCUUAAAAGUAUAAACGUUUCGUACAAUAUGUUACGAGGAGAGAUUCCUGAUGGUGGAAACUUCAAAAAUUUAACGGCUCAAUCUUUCAUGCAUAAUGAAGCACUCUGCGGUAAUAAUCCUCUUCUACAGGUACCUCCAUGUGAUAAACAUAGAAGGUCUAUCGCAAAGACGAUAUUAAUCAAAUGCAUGCUGCCCAUAAUUGUUUCAGCCAUUUUAGUUGCUGGAUGCAUUAUACUUGUACUACACAAAAGGAAAAAAGUUGAACAUCGACGUGAAAGUGAUGUAUCAACCAUAGGAGUUCCAAAAAGGAUUUCCUAUUAUGAACUUGUGCAAGCAACUAAUGGAUUCAGUGCGAUUAAUUUACUUGGAAAGGGAAGCUUUGGAUCUGUGUAUCAAGGGAUGCUUUCUAGUGGGAAGAUGGUUGCAGUUAAAGUAAUCGAUUUAAGCUUUGAAGCAACAUCAAAGAGCUUUGAUGUAGAAUGCAAUGCAAUGCGCAAUCUACGACAUCGAAAUCUUGUUGAGAUUAUUACUAGUUGUUCACAUGUUGAUUUCAAAUCUCUGGUGAUGGAGUUUAUGUCAAAUGGAAGUGUGGAAAAAUGGUUAUACUCAGAGAACUAUUGUUUAGAUUUCCUGCAAAGGUUGAACAUAAUGAUAGAUGUAGCAUCUGCAUUGGAGUAUCUCCAUCAUGGUUCUUCAAUACCAGUGGUUCAUUGUGAUCUGAAACCUAGUAAUGUUUUACUAGACAAAAACAUGGUUGCACAUGUUAGCGAUUUUGGCAUUGCCAAGCUCUUGGACGAUGGACAGUCUAAAAUUCACACCGGGACUUUAGCUACUAUUGGCUACGUUGCACCAGAGUAUGGUUCUAAGGGUAUUGUUUCGAUCAAAGGAGAUGUAUACAGCUAUGGGAUUAUGCUUAUGGAGAUAUUCACAAGAAAAAGGCCAACAGAUGAAAUGUUUGCAGCGGAAUUAACUUUGAAAACAUGGAUCAGUGAAUCAAUGUCUAAUUCAGUUAUGGAAGUUGUGGAUUCAAAUUUAGUUCAACAUCAUGAAAAAACAAUUCAUGAUAUUGUGCCUCAUAUAUCAUCUAUUUUGGCUUUAAGCUUGAGUUGUUGCGCGGAUUCACCAGAAGAGCGAACUAACAUGACAGAUAUCACUGCAUCACUAAUCAAAAUCAGGACCUUAUUCCUCCAAGAAAAAGAAAAUGAAGAUGUGAAGAUAUGUUUGUGAUUAUGUGACUAGCACAUGACCCUGUACAUUAAAUCUCCCCUUGUUCUUUUACUUCCUAAUGGUCUUUGAAUCUCAUUGUAAUAUAAAUAAAUUUUAAAGCAUAAAUUAUUAGCCGCUGUAUGGACACAAUAAAAUAUGAAAAGUGCUUUUCUUCACGUCAAACGUGAUUUAACCAAA